AAUAAUAUUUUAAUUGUUGUAUUUAUUUUUUUAAUUUUUUUGCUUUAAAACAAUUGUAAAUAUUUAUAAAAAAUGGAAGUGAGUCGUGCUGAAAUGUGUAAGAGCUUAAUUGAAUGGUUUAAGACUCUAAACUUAAAAGCACCACAUUGUACUGUGGAGGAACUUUCGGAUGGGGUUGCGCUAGCUCAGGCAUUAAAUCAAUUUGCACCAGAGUCUUUUACAGAUGUUUGGCUCUCGAAAAUCAAAAAAGAUGCUGGAAGUAAUUGGCGACUUAAAAUGAGCAAUUUGAAAAAGGUUAUUGAAGCAGUAUACGACUAUUACACCGAUGUGUUAAAUUAUUCACUCACAGAAUUUCGUAGACCGGAUGCUUUAUGCAUUGCUGAAAAGUGUGAUAUUGGCGAAUUGGAACGACUGUUGCAAUUGGUUCUCGGCUGCGCAGUGAAUUGCUCUGAGAAAAAAGAAUAUAUACGAGAAAUAAUGUGUUUGGAAGAAUCAUUACAACAGAAUAUAAUGCGUGCAUUACAGGAAUUACAGUCAACGUGGCAAACUCCAUCAAGUUCUGGUAAUUCACUCAGCGAUUUCGAUUAUAAGAAUUUGCAAGAAGAACGCGAUUCUUUAGCACAAAAAUGCUUUGAAAUGGAAAAGAAAGUUGUAUUGCUGAUGGAUGAGAAGAACAAUUUUCAGCAAGAGAUCCUAAAGUUACAAAAUGAAAUUGAUCGUUUAGAGAGUACAACAUCUACAAUUGGUGACGAUGGCGUGUCAUUAGGUCCAGUACAAGCUGGUUCAGCACGAUAUAAUGACUUACGUCGUCAAUUAGAUUUGCUUAAAGAAGAAUUGCUACAAUCCGAAACAGCACGAGAAGAUCUCAAAUUAAAGACACAACAGCAGGAUAAAGAAAUGCAAAUAAUGCAGGAACGUAUCAAUGAAUUGACGAAAAGUACUACUGUACUCACACAACUAAAAGAUGAAGUUGACGUUCUACGCGAAUCAAAUGAUCAAUUAAAAAUGUGCGAGGCACAGCUGGAUACAUAUAAAAAGAAAUUGGAAGACUAUAAUGAUAUGAAAAAGCAUAUAAAGAUGCUGGAAGAUCGAAGUGCUGACUAUGUACAACAGAAUGCACAGUUUGAAGAAGAUGCUAAGAAAUAUGCCACUAUUAAAGGUCAAGUCGAGCUAUUCAAGAAAGAAGUGCAAGAGCUGCACACAAAGCUGGACGUAGAAAUGAGUAAAAAUGUUAAACUUGAGUUUGAAAACAAAAAUCUAGAAAGCAAUAUGAAUGCAUUGCAACGUGUUAAAGAUAGCUUACUAAAGGAACGAGACAACUUAAGAGAGGCUAUAGAUGAAUUAAAAUGUGGGCAACUUUCGACAAGCACAGGAAGCUUAAAUGCUAACACAAUGUCCAAGGAGCUACAGCCAACAGCUUUAGUCGAAAAAAUUCAAAGAUUAGAAGCUGAAAAUAAAGCAUUACGUGAGGGUCAAGGCGGCCAAACAGCGUUAGCGCAACUCCUAGACGUUGCCAAUAAGCGGAACGAGAAUUUGCGUGAACAAUUAAAAUCCGCCAACGAACGAAUAUUAUCUCUAUCGCAUGCAUCACAGAGUGAUGAUCCUAACUUGAAAGAAAAUGAAUUUGGCAAGCAAAUUAAACAACUCAUGGAACUAAAUGAACAAAAAACUUUGCAAUUAGAAGAAUCUGCCGCACAGAACGUGGUGCUACAAGGUAAAAUCACACAAUUAGAGGGCACCCUAACGAAUCGUGAACAGGAACUGAUAACUUGCGAUGCCAAAUACAGAAAAUGUGUAGAGAAAGCUAAAGAAGUUAUAAAAAGCUUAGAUCCUCGGAUAGCUAAUGUUAUAGAUGCAAAUUUAUUGGAAAAAAGCACAGAAGCUGAAGAAGAACAAAAACCUAAAAUGAGUGUAAUGGAGGAACAACUUAUGACAACAGCCUUCUAUAGACUGGGCGUGAAUGCGCAACGAAAUGCAAUAGAUUCAAAAUUAGCAUUACUUAUGGGUCAGGGGCAGACGUUCUUGGCACGUCAACGGCAAUCAGCACCACGAAAGUCAAAAUAGUUAUUAGAAAGCAUGUAUAUUUACAUUAGUACCAAUGUAACGUUUUAGUAUUGUAUCGUGUUAUUUUGUAAUCCAAUUUAAAUUUUUGGUUUUUAAUAUUAGUUGAAAUGUUUUCAGUGUUUUUUAAA